AUGGGUAACAAUAAAUCGUUAAAUAAAACAAGUAACUAAGAAUACAUUUCGUUAAAUAAAACAAAUCUAAACUAUUAAGAAAGUUCUCUUUGUGAAUUAUAAGGUGAAGGGAAUAUUGUUUCUUUAAAAUUUGAAGAUGGCAAUUAUGAGUAACAGAUCAAAAAUUCUAAACUUCUCUAAUUCUUAGAUAAGUACUCUGAAAAUAGGAUUAAAUUAAUUGUAACUAUUGGAGAUAGAGGAGUAGGAAAAUCUCUAAUUCAAAAUUUUAUUAUAUAAAAAUACUAAAAUAGAUCAGAGUAUUUUUAAAUCUUCAAAUCUAAAUUUAAUGAAGGCAAUUGUACAUAGGGGAUUAAGUUUUACUUUCCUUAAAAUUUAAAAGAACCUAAAGACUAAAAAGAAGAUAUUCUACUUUUCUUUGAUUGUGAAGGCUUUGAUUUAACUAAUAAGACUUCUCUUCAUUAAUAAAAUAUGAUAAAGUUAAUAUGUUUAAUCUCAAGAUUGUCUGCUUGCCUUAUAUAUGUGUAAACUACUCUUAGGGAUUAAGAUGGUUUCAAAGAAAUAAUUAAAACUCUAAAUGAAAAUAGAAGCACUAACGAUUGCCCUCAUGAAAAUUUUAUCAGCAUUUUAAACAAGUGGAAUGGUUUAUAAUUUUAGCCAAGCUCCAAAUUUUUAAAAAAAUAAUUUAAACUAAAAUCUCUGAAUCUAAAUGAGAAAAAUGAAAUAAUAGUUGACUAAAAUUAUGAUUAAUUUAUUUAGGAGAUAAAUGCUAUAAAGAAUUAUUGCGUUUAGUCAAAAUAUACAUCAUCAUAAAGCAGCUGCAAAGCUUUUGAGAGAGAAUAAACCUAGAAACAAAUGAAUUUUACUUCAUAAGAACACUUUUAGCUGAUUAAUAAAUAACUAGAGCUAAAGUAAGAUCAUGCUAAAAAUAUGAAUGCUAUUAGAGAGUUUAUGAAACAAAAUUACGAAAGUUAAAUUAAAACUCUACAAAAAAAUGAAGGUUCAAAGUUGUAUUCUAAUUUAGAUUCAGUAAAACCAUAAGAAAUAAGAGAAUAUGAAAGAUAAAUUAAUAAUUAUAAAGUUAAUGAAGGUAAUGAAAUUGCUAAAAAUAUGUUAGCAGCCUCGCUAAUAUUUUAUGCAUCUUAGGUGUCUAUCAUUCUCGGAGGAGAGAUUUUAAGAGCUGAAGGAAUCAUAAUGAUGAUCGGAUUUAGAACUUUAUUUUUUUCACUUGGCUUUGCUUUUGCAAUUUUACCUACAAUUCUUUAGGCUCUGCAUUAUUUGGUAAAAAAAAAUAAAAAGAAUUCUUUAUCUAAAAACAUUGAAAAAGCACUAUUUAGCUCAAUAAACUAGAAUAAGUUUGUUUUGAGUUCCUCAAAAAAUAAUCUAAGUGAAAUAAAGGAAAUUCUUUUAUCUUAAAUCCCUAAAUUUAAUGACUAUAUUUAAUUUAUCAACUCUUAAUAAGAAAAAGAAGCUAUUUGUUUAUUGCUAUUAAUGAAUUGUAUUUCAAAGCCUUUUGAUUAGCAAAGUUUAGAAAAAUAAAAAACGGAUUCUUAUAAAAUUGACAAUUAUCUUUUUUAAUGUGCUGUUCUUUUAGCAAAAUAGUUAAAAUUAAAUAACUACUCCAAUUUUGAAAACUUAUCAUUAACUCAUAAAAUAGAUGAAUUAUAAACUUUUUAGCUUUUACAAGCAAUAAUAUCCGAAUCUUAACUAGUAAGAGGAUGA